AUGGCUCCGCUCGCAAGAUCUGGUUCAGAAAGCGAUGAGUAUAUCCAUAUUCAGAAAAACCGCACUCUCCCUGCUGGCUCCGCCUUUGCACGAGACUCGGGAGCUCUGCCAUCAUCGACUAGAGCUACCAACUCUCAAGCCUCUCAGCAAACAACAUUGCCAACCGCCACACCCAGUGCAUCUUAUCGACCUACGCCAAUCGCGCCGCCUAGCUUGAUACCUCAGAAAGUAUCUCAAUAUCCGCUUCGUCCACAAGAAGGUGAUGCAACACCCACGCUGCACAAGCAAUCGGAAUCCAAAUAUACAGUUGGCAAACCAGGUAGCAUCUUCAGUAUUGGCACCAAGGAGCCCUAUGAUAAAGAGAACAUGUGGAAAUACGACGAUCUCCGCAAUGCUGGAGGUUCGACUCGGAAGGAAUACAGACCAGGUUAUUUCUCAGCCUCUGAAGAACGCUUGCCAUCCCACCAAGACAAAUCAUUUUCCUCUUCAGCUCGUAAAGAAUAUUCUUCACGCCAACGAGAAGGAGACACAGAAGUCCAUGCUAAGCAGCGUUACCUUGGCGAUUCAUUUCUCUCGGUCGCCACUCAGCCUCCACGUCAAUCUUCUGUCGUUCCGAAACAUAUUCAAGUCAUCGAGAAGGUUAGCCGAUUUUUCCCUCAACAAAGCUCCAAUGACGAAUCGUCUCGUUCGUUCGAUGUUCAACGUUCACAACAGCCUGACACUGUGGUUGACGGGCCGAUCCAAAGCAUCCCGACCAGUGUCCUCUCCGCACAGAGCAGCUACGGACGAACCACUAGCUCGUUCGUCGGUCAACCUCCACAGCAAUUUCCUCCUAUGUGUGCGGAGCAUAGCCGGGGUUUCCUUACCACUGCUCAUCCCGAAUACAAUGGGAACAACACUUCCAUGCACGCCAAUUCACACAUACACACGCAUGGUGCAUCGUCUCAAACCGCCGAGCGUCCAAUAUUUUAUAAACCUAUCAUUCCUGCAGACCAACAAAAAUACUAUGAAGCCUUGGAUCCAAACAAGCCAAAUCGUGUCGUAAAGAAACUCUCUGGCCCUACGGGUUCUCAACCCAACCCUCGCCAUCCUAGACUCCAAUAUCAAGCUUAUCAGCAGCCAAAUUCGUUCGCAGGAUUUCCUUCUUAUCCUCAAUCAGUCGGCCAAGCCCUGCCAACCGACCGCGAAACGCAAUGGGAAGAGUGGGACCCACCUUCGAGGCCUUUGUCUGCGGCAGCGCAGACCUUUAUACCAACGCCGAAGAAUACUCAAGCCAGGGGUCAAGGUGUUGAGGGAGCACCAAAGGGUUCUAGAGCCAUGAUCGCGCCGGAGCCAGCCUACAAAAGUUGUGCAAACGGCUCUUCAACUUCUGAGCCAGAAACAAUAUUGGCGAGAGUAAACCUUGGUGCUGCACGAGAAAUCAAGAACGCGACGAAUGGGACAAAUGAGGCACAAGAAAAGUAGGAAAAGUAAGGAAAUGAAGUUUAGACUGUCAUGAUGUCGGAAUAGCAGCAUAGGGACAAGGUCUCCGCGUCUGUUAAAAGGACAUUUCUAGAUCUCCCAACUUUGAUCCGAACAUUCACGGAACCAGUUCCUCCUCCACUAGAAACAGCUCCGAGCUUUGCACCGUGGAGAACUUGCAGCUACCACCAGAGAUGUGUAUUGGAGAAAUGCGUAAAACUUUAUCUUCAGCUUUAUGAGGAUGAAAGGGAUGUUGGGCUGGAAGAGCGUGGUGUUCGAAGGUAUGAUGUCGAUCCUGGGUUCGGUCACAGACUUGU